AUGGGACAACGAAUUUAUGUUAAAGUGUUUGAGGAUGAUGAUAUAGAUAGCCUGGAUAUUAGAUGGGAUGACAUGGUUGACUACUAUGAUGCAUUGCCAUCAGUACUUGCAGGAUUGAUAGGUGGAUUUAUGUCCUGGGAGGAGAUCACAUGGGUUACUGGUUGGAUAGGGGUGCAUAUUGGAGAAGAUGGAGGCGGAGAUGGAGGAGAUGAUGGGGGUGGCGGAGGAGAUAGAGGCGAUAGAGGAGGGAUAGAUGGAGGUAGGAGGGGUGGAGGUGUUAGUGAUGGAGGCAAGAGGGGUGGAGGAAGAGAUCAUGAUAAAGAUGGUGGUCAAGGUAGAGGCAGAGAUGGAGGGAGAGAUGAAGGACGAGGUGGAGGAGUUGGUGAGGAUAUUGGAGCAGUUGGUGGGGAUUUUGGAGGAGAUGAGGAGGAGGGUGAGGAGGAGGAUCCAUAG